GGAUUUUUUAUUUAUUUUGCUUUUCCUAUUGUUUAAGGAAACUCUGUCAAAGACAUGGAAUGUAAUAAGGAAGAAGCUAGAAGAGCGAUGUAUAUUGCCGAGAAGAAAAUAUCAGAGAAUGAUUACGAUGGUGCUAAGAAAUUCGUUGACAAGGCUCAACGUUUGUAUCCAAACCUCGAUGGUUUGAAACAAGUGUUGAUGAUGGUUGAUGUUUAUGUCUCUGCAUCAAACAGAGAAGGAGGAGAAGCUGAUUGGUAUGGAAUUCUCGGUGUGGAUCCUUUAGCUGAUGAUGAAGCUGUGAAGAAACAAUACAAGAAGUUAGCUCUUUUGCUUCAUCCGGACAAGAACAUGUUUAAUGGUGCUGAAGGCGCAUUUAAACUGGUUUUAGAAGCUUGGUGUUUGUUAUCUGAUAAAGCUAAGAGAACUGCUUAUGAUCAAAAGAGGAAAUCGGACCAAGUUAAACAGAACAAGAGUGGAAUGCAGAAACCACCACCAAAGCCACACGAGCCUGAUUCUUCAGGGAAACGAGAGAAUGUCACUAUCUUUUGGACAGUGUGCAAUAGAUGCGAGACAUGUUUUGAAUAUGCAAGGAAAUUUUAUCUUAACAAGACCUUGCCCUGUCAAAACUGCGGUCAGGAUUUCGUUGCGACCGAGAUAAAUCCAGAGAUGGUCCAUGGGAGGCAAAGCAUCAGAUUGAGUAGCAAUUUUCAGUUUGCAAGAAAAAGAGCAAGUGAUGCUUCUUCUUCAACAUCUAAAAGCACAAGUGAUGCUUCUUCUACAACUUCAGCAUCCGAUAGGGCAAAGGAUGAAAAUCAAGCACAAGAAAGAAGGAAAUCAUGGUUUGAGGAGUACCGAGAAAAGCUUGCUGCUGCUGUUGCAGCUGCUGCUAGAGGAAAUGCAAACUCUACUACUUUUGAAGCAGAGAGACUUUUCAAGAAACCGAUGAAAAACUCUACUUUUGAAGAAGAAAGGGUUUCCAAGAAUCCAAAGACAAGUGGAGAUGCAAACUCUACUCAUGAAGCAGAGAGGCUUUUCAAGAACCUGAAGACAAGUGGAGAUGCAAAACUCUACUCAUGAAGCAGAGAGGCUUUACAAGAGCCGAUGACAAAUGUGAAAACAAGAACUAAGACAAUCACAUUUAGAAGUUGAAGAAUCCUGCUUUUUAUAUGGAACUUUUUUUUUUGUAAUCUUUCUAGUCAGAUGAAGGUAAAUUAAUCAAAGUGACUCCACACUUAUCAACAAUUGUGUCACGUUUCCAUAUUGUUUUUGUAACUUAUCAACAAUUGUGUCACGAUCGAAAAACUGAGAAUACUAACUAAUAUACUAUCAGUCACUAGACUAUACUUAUUGUUUUUGUAACUCAGAACUCUAAAGGUAAGGAAUUCAAAGUAACAAAUGAUAAUGUGAUGAUUGAAUUUGAAACUAGAAUAAAUAAAAUUGAAUUCAUCAAAAGGCGUUAGAAAAAAUCAAGUAUGCAUGAAGAGAGGCAUAAGACUAUUUAGAGGGCUAUAUAUAGCACCGGAAAGAGUAUGAUGAAGUAUCAUAGUGCAAUUUCCUUUAUAAGUGUGUCACGUAAAUACUAACAGUCUCCUUUUCCACCCCGCAAGACUUACAACAUUUUA